AUGGAUCUCAAGAAAGAAAUCGGCCAAAAACUCGAAAAAUUCAUCGAAAACGGCGGAAUUGAGAAGGAAAAACUCGCGGGAAAUGUGAAAGAACGACUAGUUGACUGUCUGUUGGAUGGCACGGUGUACGGAGUGGUCUCCUCGUUGGAGCAUUUACAGGAAUUGAGAGAAACGUAAGGAUUUUUGAGAUUUUUUUGUUUUCAACUUUUAGAAGACAUGGAGCAGAUAAUUGAUGGAUUUGUGAGGAACUUAGAGGGAAUUGUGAUGUAAAAUAUGGAUGAAUAGUUCAAAUAGGAUCUAUUUCUGCCUCUAGAACACAAAUCACUUCAGUUUGAUACAAAGCAAAUCUAAUUGGACAGAUUUUGCAUUUUGAGGUCAUGAAUAACAUAGUUUCUGCAAUUUUCGAAAAUCAGAUAACAAUAGCGGUCUAAAUCCUAGUCAUAUAGCAAGAAAUGACCCUGUAGCAUCUUUGUACGCCUCUACCUAUUCAGAUUCUAAAGAAAUGGAGUGUGAUUUGCAUCAAGUUUUCUUCCGAGCUUAUGGAUAAUAUAAAUGGCAAAAUUUGUCUAAUUUAGCCCGCUGUUUGACCGUUGAGGUAGAUAAUUAGUAAGAAAAUGACAAAGGCUGCCUUCUGAAGCAAUAAUAUCUAAAUAACAGACAAUAAUUACGAGACUGUACACAUUUUUAGCUUUGGUGGUCAUGUGUAAUAUAAAUAAUCCAGUUUUGGUGAGGUUUAAAAUAAGUUGACUACUUAAAACUUUGCCUCAAACAUAAAUUCUCCUUUUACGGUUCUUUUUCAUUGAUCAGAAAGUCUAUUUUAUAGAGAGCUUUUGAACCAAAGAUAUCGGAAAGUUCGAGAAUUGGCGGAUCAAAACGACUUGGAAGGGAUAAAAACGAUUGACCGAGAAAUUAUGGAGCAGAUCGAUGAGGUAAAUCUUAGUUUUCCAAUCGAAACCUUAUCAUUUUUAUCAAGAAAAAUGAAAUUUCCCUCAAUCUCCUCAUGGAUAACAUAAAAUUUCUCCCAAAACUCAAUUUCCAGCUAGUCCAGGACCAGCAAUCCAAUCUCUGCUGCAUGGGGAUUCCCCUGUUUCGCGCUACACUCGACCCGGACGAAGUGAAAACCCAAAUGGACAUAAUAAAAUUUAUUGUUUCGAUAAAAGAUCUCUUCGAAAAAUAA